GCGGCCGUUGUCCGUUUCCUCCCUGUUUCCGUCCCUCCCUCCCCUGCUUCUCCCCCCUUAUCGCCACCAUGCUCUCCCUCUCCCACCCGCACACGCACCCCGCCGCGGCGCCGCGGCACCAGCGCGCGCCCCGCCCCGCCGUCGCGGCCACCCCCGCGUCGUGCCGCCGCCGCGCCAGCCACAUCGCCGCGAGCGCAAUCCUGCUCCCCGGCGGCGGCAGCACGGGCGGCCGCGGCGACCGGAAGCUCCCCUUCACCCCUCCCCCGAUGGCUCCGCCGGGCCAGCUCUACCAGCCCUUCCACCCGCCGCCGUCCCCGCUUCCGUCCAAGUUCCGCACCCUCGACCUCACCCAGCGCCUCGAGGUCCUUCGCGAGCGCCUGGGCCAGUGGCACGAGUACGCGCCCCUCAUCUCCGCGCUCUCCCGCGACGGCUUCACCCCGUCCUCCAUCGAGGAGGCCACGAGCAUCACCGGCGUCGAGCAGAACUGCCUCGUCGUCGCGUCCCAGGUCCGCGACUCGCUCCUCAGCGAGACGGCCGCGUUCCCUCCCGACCUGCUUCCCUACUUCGACUCCUACGGCGGGCCCGACCUGCUCUACGAGCUCCGCUUCCUCAACGCGCGCCAGCGCGCCGACGCCGCGAAGCACGCCAUCGACUACCGCCUCGAGCCCAAGGGCGUGCGGGAGCUGGCGCGCUCCAUGAAGGACUUCCCGCGCCGCCGCGCGGUGGACGAAGGAUGGGAGGCCUUCGACGGCGCGUCCCCGGGGGACUGCCUCGCCUUCGCGCGCUUCCGCCAGUCGCGGGAGGCCAUCGACGUGGAUGACCGCAUCGCCGAGCUCAACCGCGCGCUGCAGGUCGUGGCCACCGAGACGGCCAGGGCGCGUCUUGAGCUCGAGAUGGAGCGCGCCAGGAAGAAGGCCGCCGGGGAGGAGGUGGAGGAGGGCGAGGACGACACCGCCUCGCGACCCGCCGUCAACGUGGUGCGGCUCCAGUACGGCGAGGUCGCCGAGGCGUCCACCGUGCUGCUGCUGCCGGUGGUGAGGGAGACGGACGGCGUCGCGGCCAUGGAGUCCGCGCCCAGGCGGACCAAGACGGACGUCGACCUCGGGAUCGUGGAGGUGGACAAGGCGUGGGCGCGCUGGGCCGUCGUGCCCGGAUGGGGCCCCGUCGCCGCGGCCGCGGAGGAGGCGGUCGCGAUCGAGCUGGCCGACGGGCGCAGGCUGCCGUGGCGGACGGCCGAGGAGGAGCCGGUGCUGGUCAUUGCCAACCGGGGCCAGAAGGAGGUGGCGGAGCAGGGGAGCUACGUCCUCGAGAAGGAAGGCCGGCUUGUGGUGGAGAGGGGGAGAAAGCUGGCUGAGCAGGGCAUCACCGUCGCAGCCGCCGAGGUGUUGAUCGUUGUCCGGCCGCCCAGGGAUGAGGACGAAAUGAUCAGCGACGAGGAGUGGGACUAAUUGGAGGGGUUUAGGAAGUUUUUUCUUGGAGAUGGCAAUUUUUUUCAUGGGUAGAGUUUUCCCCUCUUCUCGUCACAGUUGAUGAACAAGAGGAACGAACUGCCGCUUUGAUUCGGUAUAUCCGUACAUGUCAUAUAGGAACAUUGUGUAGUCCCUUAGCCUUUGCAUUGCUGGCUAUUGUUUCGCCUCAUUAUAUUUAAAUAAUAUGAUCACAUAAACA